AUGGCAACCGACUGGACAAAACUAAAGGUAGUCGACCUCAAGGCCGAGUUGAAGCGCCGCGGACUGCCUCAAAAUGGCCUUAAGCAGGAGCUCAUCGCCCGCCUGAACGCUUCUGAUACUGAAACCCCAACAUCGGACGAGCAGUCCAUUGCUGACCCAUCUGCUUCUGCUUCUGCAGAGCCCACCCCGGUUGCUGAAGAGAUUACUGCUCGAACCGACACUAUAUCCACUUCCCAAGCCCCGGCAGGUGUCCAAGUCGCAGAAGGACCGUCUGCGCCAACGCCUCCCCCGGAACCCAAAACUAUUCUGUCGCAAGAGACCCCACGUGUUGAGGAGGUCAUCAAUGUGCCAGCAGCUGGGAGCAAUGCACAAGAAGAGGCUGAUGCACCUAGCCGCCAAGAGACUCCUGGCGCAAUCACAUCAGAGAUCAUCCAAGAUGCACAAAAGCGAAAGCGCAGAUCUUCGACACCAACCCCUUCGGCAAAGCGCGUGCGGCCAGCCGACGAGCAAGAGAGCUCUCUUGGUCCCAAUCUUCCGCGGGAUAUCUCCCCGACACAUAAGAACGGUGUCAAACAGGAUGUGGUAAACGAACCGAUAGUCGCAAACAACGAGGCUGCCAUCCCAGAGCUUAGCCAAUCAAUUACAGAGGACAGGGGGGAGAGAAGCUCUGGUCGGUCGCCAAGUCGAGACAGAGACCUUGUUUUAAGCACGGGAGAAGAGGCAUAUCGAGCACGGUUGGCGCUAUCUGAAGCCAGAGACCUAGGACCACAAAACUUCGGUGGUGCCUAUACAAAUCUAGCCGCCGAUGAACGAUCAGAGCAGACAGCCUACACGGAACCUGUGGAUGACAAGAUGAUCGAACCAUCAAUCCACCCCGCCACGACCUCCCUGUACAUCAAGAAUUUUAUGCGACCAUUACGGGCACCCAUGGUCCAGGACUAUCUCAUUGAGCUGGCUACGCCCCCGGGAAAGUCUCCAAAUCCCAGCGUUGUAUUAGACUUCUACCUCGAUCAAGUCCGAACUCAUGCCUUUGUUCAGUUCCAGAACAUUGCCUCUGCGGCGCGAGUACGCACAGCACUUCAUGAUCAGAUCUGGCCCGAUGAGCGCAAUAGAAAGGCACUAUGGGUAGACUUCAUCCCCCCCGAGAAGGUGCGAGAAUGGAGUGAAGAGGAAAGGUCGGGUGGACGUGGGAACUCUGCCAGGUGGGAAGUGAUAUAUGAUCAGGACGAGGAUGGCGUUGUUGCUAGACUUGAAGAAGUUGGUUCUGAUGCCAAACCGAGAGCCCCCGCCAUCCCAGUCGCCCCGAAGCAAGCUCCUACACUGUCUGGCCCCGAUCGUUUAUAUCCUGGCAUCGAAGCUGCGCCCAGAGGUCCCAGAAAUCUGGGUGGUCCGCGGUCGGGCCCCGGUCUACUCGGCCGAUCAGAUCCAAACACCCUCCGAACGCAGUCGAAUCCGCCGCUUUCGUACCAACCCGUCAGUGAGGAGCUUGCAAGACGUCGUAUAGACAACAUUCACUCCUUCAUUUCUAAACACGCGGGCAGAAAUCCUGGCGGUGAAAUGAAUCGAUAUACAUUCGAGAACAGCGAGUCAUUCGUCGAUCGCGGCAAGGAGGUCUUCAUUGGUAUCCGUCCACCGCAUCGAGAACGUGAGCGCCGAGAACGAGGGCGCCGCGACCGCCCAGGUGGUGGGCCUGGCCGACGAGAUGGCCCACCCCCCUUUCCGCGUGGAGAUAGAUACUUUGGAGCUCGUGAGCCUGUGCGUGACGACUAUCGUGCACCCCCCGCCCGCUUCAACGAGGAUCGUUGGGGCCGAAAUGACGAUGAUCGUCGCCCGAGAUACAGGGACUUUCGCGAAGAGAGAUCAGCUCGUGGCAACUACGGAGACUCAUACAGAAGCCGUCGCUGA